AUGCCUCGCCUAAACCCAAACUCCAAGAUCCUCAUCGUCGGCUCCGGCGUUUUCGGUAUCUCCACGGCGCUCUGGCUCGCCCGGUCAGGGUACCGCGACGUUACGGUACUGGACAUGCAGGACACCGAAACGGCGGGGUACGACCCGGCCGUCGGGAUCGACUCCGCGUCGGCGGAUAUUAAUAAGAUCAUUCGGUUUUCGUACGGCGAGGAGAUUGAGUACCAGAGGUUGGCUACGCAGGCGGCGGGGAUGUGGGAUGAGUGGAAUCGCCAGAUAGUGGAAGAGAGUGAGGAUUUGCCCGAGAGUUUGAAAAAGACUGAUAAACUGUGGUGGAAGUCGGGUUUCUUGAGGCUGAGUACGACGGGGGAGUUGGGGGAGUUUGAGUUAAAGACUUUGAGGAAUAUGGAGAGGGAGGGGAUUAGGGAUACGCAGUUUAGGAGUGAUGACACGGCUGAGAGGUUUGGUGUUCAUAAGGCGGUCUUGGACUCGACAGCUGGCUUCGUGGAAGCCUACAAGAGCUGCGCAUUUGCACUCUGUCUGGCAAAGAAGGCUGGCGUGAAGUUUAUACUUCAUCCGAUGCAGGGCAAAGUGGUGAGCCUAGACGUUACCCAAGAGGGCAAGCCAGCCAUCAAAACUGCCGAUGGUUUAACUCAUGAAGGUGACUUAGUUGUGGUGGCCGGUGGUGGCUGGACCCCUUCACUGAUCCCAGAAGCGGACGGCCUUCUCGAGACCACUGCGGGAUCGAUUGCGACCAUUCAGUUACCCAAGGAUCGUCCAGAUCUGUGGGAGCGGUUUGCGCCUGAGAACUUCCCAGUAGUGACUUGGGGUAUGAAGGAAGGCAAGGGCAUAUACAGCUUUCCCAGAGAUGGAAAUGGGGUCAUUAAGGUUGGCUAUAGAGGGACAAAGUGGACCAAUUACGACGAUGUGGAAGGCCGACGGAUAUCCGUACCGAAAACAGAGCACGUAACAGAGAAGAAGGAGAAGAACCUGCCGCUAACAUCAAUAGCUGCUAUCAAAGAGUACAUCUCCGUCAACAUGCCCGAACUAGCUGAAUUCGGUAUUUCCUCGACAAAGCUCUGCUGGUACACCGAUAGCAUCGACAACUCGUUCGUGGUGGAUUUCGUGCCCGGACGGCCCGGGCUCGCCAUCGCCUCAGGUGGUUCCGGGCACGGCUUCAAGUUUCUUCCCAUUUUAGGACGGGAAGUAGUAAAGAUUCUCGAGGGAAACGGUAAUGAGACUGUAUACGGAAAUAUGUGGCGAUGGCGUCAUAGCACGACGCCCAAGAGAAAUGGUCUUGAGGAGGGCGAAGAUGGCCCGAGGGUACUGGCAAAACAGAAGAUGUCCAGUGAGGUAGACUGGUCUUUCCUGAGCGGGAGUUCGAAGCUGUGA